AUGGCAACCAGUGGACUGUUGGGGUUUUUCUUCCUUGAAGAAACACAUCCUCAUCUCCAGGAUAGCCGCAAUGUCGGAUUGGAGAUGUCCCAAUGGCUCUUUCAAAAGACAAUGAAGUUGUUUGGCUACAUCGAUACCCAAAAAUAUGCCGUGUUAUCUUCUAACGGAGACGACGAUAUCCCACUUCGCUGCACGGAAGAUAUCGAGUUCGCAGCUGUAGAGAAUGAUUCCAGUGAUGCAGAUAAAGAUACAAUUACGGCAGGCAAGUCACCUGCAAAAUCUGCAUAUUCGGGACAGGUCAUUCUUCAAAUUCUAGCUGCAUCGAUAUUAGGCUUUCAUAAAGUGUCGUCGGACGUGAUUAUUCCUAUUUUCCUAGGUCAGGAUAAAGAAUCGGUGUCUGAUGAGAAAGAUUCCAACUUUUUAUACUUCAUAACUGGCUUUGGCAUGAGCUCUCCAAUGAUCAGCAACGUUCUCCUAUCUCAGGCCGCGGUAGCCAUCCUGGCCCAGGUUUUUAUUGUGCCAAAAUUGAUUGCUUGCCUGGGACCUUUGAAAGUCUUUCGCUGGGCUGUGUUUGCUUUUCCAUGCCUGUACUGCCUAACGCCAUUCAUCUCUCAGUUGAUCCAUCCACUAUCGACAAUAUUGAUUUUGAUAGACCUUUGGGUCAAAGCAAUUCUGGUAAACCUGGGCUAUACGGCUUCCAGUAUUCUGUGA